CUACGAAUGAUGUUGGGCGCUAAACGCACGUGUGCAGCGGGUGCCGCAGACGUAGCAAGUGAUCGUGUGAAGUAAACUGCCUCUUACCUGCACAAGUCUGCACAACCCGAGCACAGCGAUGGCCAACGGAACAACGCACCCACCCGUGAUGUGGGCCCAGAGAAACGACACUGUCUUGCUCACCAUCGGUGUCAACGACCUGCAGAAUGAGAAAUACUCCAUCAACGAAAAGACUCUGAGUUUUUACGGAGAGGACUCAACCCAGAAGUACAGCUUCGACUUACAGUUUUUCAAAGAGGUCACUCCACAGGAGUCGAAAAAUAGGAAGACUGCGAGGGGUUUGUUCUUUGUUCUGAAGAAGAAGGAAUCGGGUCCGUACUGGCCGCGACUACUGGAGGGAACAACACGGGCGGCGUUCAUAAAGACAGACUUCAAUCGGUGGAAGGACGAGAGUGACUCAGAGUCAGACAACGAGUUGUCAGACCAGGACUCCAGCUUGCAGGCAAUGAUGCAGCAGAUGGGCGGGCUCGGCGGAGGUCCCGGCUUGUCAGGAGGGGAACUCCCUGGCAUGGAAGUUGAGUCGUGUCUGGACUCGUUCCGCUACGAGGAGGCGGCGGAGUUGUGUGUAAAGGCUGUGGAGCGGGAACCGGACAGCGUUCCUCUGCUGGAGGAGGCGGGGCCGCUGCUUCUGGAGCUGGGACACACUGACCGCGCCCUCAAGUUUCUGAAGAGAGCAGCAGAACUGAGUCCAGAGGAAGGUCACCUGAAGUUCCUCUAUCUCGGCCAGCUGGCUAGUGGGGAAGAGGCCGUCCGCCAUCUUAACACUGCCAUCUCCAUCAUGACGAGAGGGAGGGAGGGAGCACAGGGAAGGAAGAAGAAGGAAGUUAGUGAUGAGGAUAUAUCUAGAGCCUACUGCUCACUGGCUGAAGUCUAUCUCACUGACUCUUGUUUCUCCAGCGCAGCAGAGGAGAAGUGUCAAGAAUGUUGUCGUGAGGCGGUGGGGUUUGCCCCUACUAAUCCCGAGGCUCAUCAGCUUCUCGCCUCUUGCCUACUCAGCAGGAGCAGAAAUCAGGAUGCCGAGGAAUCUAUUCGUACGAGUUUAUCGCUGUGGUUACCAAAGGAGGACGGUGGUGUGGAAGGUCAAGGGUCAGAAAAUGGCGGGAAAGAAGAGCGGGAAAUCCCGCCAUACUUCUCACGUGUCAGCUGUGCAAAGAUCCUGAUGGAAUUACAACUGUAUGAUGAGGCCUACACUGUCCUGGAGCGGUUGCUAAGAGACGACGACGAUGUGGUCCUGGUCUGGUAUCUGAUGGGUUGGCUUCACGUGUUGACGAAAGACAGAGACUCCGCCCACUUUUACCUUGAGCAAGCCAGCAAGCUCGUGGGUAAGACAGAGUGCGAUGAUGAGCAGAUGAUGACACACAUAUCGGAGCUACUGAGUCAGCACUCCUCAGAGGAAAAGAAGGAUGGAGAGGAGGAGAAAGACAGUAGAGCUAGAGAAGAAACAAUGGACGUUUCCUAG